CGUUGAAGCCGCCAGGGUGGGUAAUGUUUUCCGGCCUGGGGAGUCUUCCAAGAAAUGGAAGAAUUUCUCGUGUAAAGCUAGAAAUGGGCAGGAUCCGCACCACUCAUGGUCAAAGUCAAAUUUACGUUCAGUGCACUUACGUAUUGCGCGUAAAGACAGCCACUCUGUUAGGUUUCGUGACGCUGUACAUACUCGGUAACAGAGUCUGGGAAUCCGACGUACAGCCUGUACCUGUUCCAGCCGCUUCCAAGUACAGUAGUAAGUGCGCCAAGUUUGUAUCUGGGCGGGGUUGACACUGUCGUUGUUGUCGGUCCCAAACUUGUCUCUGCUUGAUACCAUCGACGUUGCACUCGUACCCAGACAUUCCCCGCCCCUGAGAAUCGCAGAAACGAGACUUUCUCGAUCACAGGGCUACCUGGAGCUUAUAAUGGAUAUCAGUGGAUUUGCCUUGGUAACAGGUGCCGGUAGUGGUAUUGGGAAGGCCUGUGCUGUUUCCUUUGUCGAAGAGGGAGCAGCCGGCGUAGCACUUCUGGACAUCAAUGGAAAAGCUUUGGAAGACGUUAAAGAGAAGCUGACCUCACUCAGUCAGCACGAGGAAUUUCAAUGCCUUUCUUUCGAGGUAGAUAUGAGGAAUGAGAAGGACGUUGCUGAUGCAGUCCAGAACUGUGCCCGCACAUUUGGGAGGCUGGACUAUGUCGUCAAUGCGGCAGGAAUAGCGUUCAAGAAUAUUGGUGGAGCUGCCUGUGCAGAAACUACCGACUGGCAGCGAGUCCUGGACGUGAACCUGAACGGGACGUUCUACUGCCUUCGUGCUGCGGCACAACAGAUGCUCCGACAGUCCUAUCUCGAAUCGGUGAUCGAUGGACGGUCGCUGCAACGUGGGUCGAUUGUUAAUAUAGCAUCUCUUGCUGGAUUGGUCGGUGUCACACAGUCCACCGCUUACUGUGCCUCCAAGCACGCCGUCGUCGGCCUCACAAAAACCACUGCUCUCGACUACGCGAAGGAAGGCAUCAGAGUCAAUGCCGUAUGCCCAGGGAUGAUCAAGACUCCACUAAUAGUUCCUGGAUCAGAAAUAGAGCGUGCGACGACCGACUUUGUCAAGACUCGCACACCGAUUGGCCGCUGGGGAACUCCAGAAGAGGUGGCCAACGUUAUUGUAUUCCUCUGCGGAGGAAGGAGCUCAUUGAUGACCGGAGCCUCCUUAUCCGUGGACGGUGGUUACACGACACAGUGA